AUACUGAUGAAUUAUCUUCUGCUAAGGAAAGAUCCUCGACCGACUAACCAACGCGUCAACAAGCAUGUGAAUAAUGACACCUAUCUUCGGGUUCAAAACCUGACUAUCUUAGUCAGAAACAUUAAGACUUACUAUCAGGAAGUCCUCCAGCAGCUGAUUGUAAUGAAUUUACCAAAUGUUUUGAUGAUUGGCAAAGAUCCUCUUUCUGGUAAAAGUAUGGAUGAAAUUAAGAAGCUGCUGUUGCUGGUUCUGGGAUGUGCCGUACAGUGUGAAAGAAAAGAAGAGUUUAUUGAAAGAAUAAAACAACUGGAUAUUGAAACUCAAGCUGCCAUUGUGUCACACAUUCAGGAGGUGACUCACAACCAGGAGAAUGUCUUUGACUUACAGUGGCUGGAGCUCCCAGAUAUGGCCCCAGAAGAACUAGAGUCUCUCUCCAGGAAUAUGGUUUUCCACCUCAAGAGGCUCAUUGAUGAGAGAGAUGAAUGCACAGAAGUCAUUGUAGAUCUCACUCAAGAGAGAGAUUAUCUGCAGUCUCAGCAACCACCAAGUCCUCUGAAAGCACCAAGUCCAGAUUCUUCACCAAGCCCAGUCAACCCUCUUUCUAAUGAAGACAAGCAGCACCUUGCAGUCGAGCUGGCAGACACGAAGGCUAAACUGAGAAGAAUCCGGCAGGAGCUGGAAGAGAAGUCUGAGCAGCUUGUAGAUUCUAAACAUGAAGUUGAGCAGCUCACCCUAGAGCUGCAAAAAAUAAAACAAGAGAACAUCCACCUGGCCUCAGAUGCUCGUUCUGCCCGAGCAUACAGAGAUGAGCUGGACUCCCUGAGAGAGAAGGCAAACCGUGUGGAGAGGCUUGAGAUGGAACUUGUUCGGUGCAAGGAGAAGCUUCAUGAUGUGGAUUUUUACAAAGCUCGCAUGGAGGAAUUAAGAGAAGACAACAUCAUAUUAAUUGAAACAAAGGCCAUGCUAGAAGAACAGCUAACAAUGGCAAGAGCUCGUGGUGAUAAACUGCAUGAAUUAGAAAAGGAAAAUUUGCAGCUGAAAUCCAAACUUCAUGAUGUAGAGCUGGACCGAGACACAGACAAGAAGAGAAUUGAAGAGCUGCUGGAGGAGAACAUGGUCUUGGAGAUUGCACAGAAACAGAGCAUGAACGAAUCUGCACACUUAGGCUGGGAACUAGAGCAACUGUCUAAAAGCACAGAUCUUGCAGACACCAGAAAAUCCUUUGUGUUUGAGUUGAAUGAAUGUGCUUCCAGUCGUAUACUGAAGCUAGAGAAGGAUAAUCAGAGCUUGCAGAACACAAUCCAAGAGCUGAGAGAUGCCUCCUUGACCUCCAAAGAGAGCAGCCUAAAGUUUGUGGAACUGGAAAAGGAAAACCAACAGCUUAGCAAAAAGAUUGAGAAGUUGCAAAAUCAAAUUGAAAAAGAGAAGCAGAGUAAUCAAGAUCUCGAGAGCUUGAGUGAGGAGCUGAUAAAAGAUAAAGAACAGCUACAAGUCAUCGUGGAGACUCUAAAAGCUGACAAAGACAGACAGAUAAAGGACCUUAAACAAGAAAAUGAUCACCUUAAUCAAGUGGUCUUAUCUCUGAGGCAAAGAUCUCAAGUGAGCAGUGAGGCAAGAGUGAAAGAUAUUGAAAAAGAGAACAAGAUCCUUCAUGAAACAGUUACAGAGACUAGCAGCAAACUGAGCAAGCUGGAAUUUGAGAAGAAACAAUUGCAAAAGGAUUUUGACCACGUUAAAGAAAAAGUGGAAAGAGUAGAAGAAAUGGAAAAAGAGCUCCAUCGGCUGGAGAGGGAGAACGAACAGCUCACAAAGAAGGCAGCAGCAAUGAAGGUAGUGGCAGAAAAAGUGGAAGUUCUUGAACAGGAGAAUGGGGAUCUGGAAGUGGAAAAUAGGAAGCUGAGGAAAUCCCUGGACACACUGCAGAACAUUUCUAUCCGGCUUGGGGACCUGGAAAGGGACAACAAGCAAUUGGAUGAAGAAAAUCUGGAGCUUAGGAGAGUGGUGGAGACUAUGAGAUUUACCAGCACAAAAAUGGCACAAAUAGAAGCAGAAAAUAAAGAUUUGCAGAGGGAGAAAGAGGACUUAAGAAAGAAUGUGGAAAUGUUAAAAGCAAUGAGCAAGAAGUCAGAGAGGCUGGAGCUAAGCUAUCAGAGUGUCAACUCUGAAAACCAGAGACUUCAGCAAAUCGUGGAGAACAGCAACAAAAAGAUCCAGGACUUAGAAAAAGAAGUACAGGGAAUGGAGAGUGAAAAUCAGGUCCUCCAGAAAAAUCUUGAGGAGCUAAAGAUUUCUGCCAAACGGUUGGAGAGGUUAGAAAAGGAGAACAAAGCCCUAGAACAAGAAAUGUCUCAGCUUGAGAAAGAUAAAAAAAUGCUGGAGAAAGAAGCAAAACGACUUUGGCAACAAGUGGAGCUGAAAGAUGCUAUUUUGGAUGAUAGUACAGUAAAGCUGGCAGUUGCUGAGAAAGAAAACAAGACACUAGAAAAGGAAAUAGCUCGAUUCAGAGAUUCAUCUAAUAAGCUGAAAGAAUUUGAAAAGGACAAUAAAGAUCUCAUAAAGCAAGUUACAAUUGAUAAAAGAACACUAGCUACGUUGAGAGAGGAUUUGGUCCUGGAGAAACUGAAGAGUCAACAGUUGUCUAGUGAGCUGGACAAACUGAGCCAGGAACUGGAGAAGAUCGGAUUGAACAAAGAGCUGCUGCUACAGGAUGACAAUGGCAAUGAUGACACAAAAUACAAGAUUCUGGAGAGCAGAACUGAAUCAGCACUGAAAACAACACUAGCUGUGAAAGAGGAGAAGAUUGCGGUGCUGGAAGCUCAAGUGAAAGAUGCUCUGAACUUGAACCAGCAGUUACAGAAUGAUCUAAAUAUGGUAAAGAAGGACUUUGAUGCACUUAAGCAGAGUCAACAGGAUGGGCAGUAUGCUCAGAAGUCACUGAGGUAUUCUGCAGAGAAACCAAUUCCUAACCACCGAAUGAAUGAGAAAUUGGAAACUGGGCACCGAGAAGCUACCAUGGAGCUGCUGAAACUGAAGGACAGGGCAAUUGAACUGGAAAGGAAUAAUGCAGCCCUGCAUACUGAGAAGCAGCUGCUUAAAGAACAGCUGAAGCAUUUGGAAUCACAGAAUGUCUCCUUCAACAAUCAGAUACUGACACUACAGAAGCAAAACGUCUUCCUUCAGGAGCACAACACUGCCCUGCAGACACAGACGGCCAAGCUCCAGGUAGAAAAUUCAACCCUCAGCUCCCAGAGUUCUUCACUGAUGGCUCAGAAUACUUUACUCCAAAAUCAGCAGACAGCCAAGGAGAAUGAGAAUGAAAAUCUACUGAAGCAGAAGGAGCAGCUGAAAGCUGAGUAUGAGUCGUUGCUUCAGGACCAUGAACACCUUGCUUCACUGCACGAACGGCAGUCUGCAGAAUAUGAAAUGCUAAUAAACCAGCACAGCUGCCUGAAAGCAUUACACAAAAACCUGGAUCUGGAGCACAAAGGUCUGGGUGAGAGGUACAACAGUUUAAUGAAACACAAGGCAGAACUGGAAGAGUUGGAAAUAGUUUUAAAAACUGAGAGAGAGGCUUUGCAACAAGAGAGGAGAUCAAAUGCAAUAACCACUGGGGAAAAUCAGAAGCUGAGGGAGGAACUGGACAGGGUGAAUUUCUUGCACAACCAACUGAAGGCAGAGUAUGAAGGGUUGCAUUCACACACUAAAGAGCUGAAAACAUCCUUGAACAACUCCCAGCUGGAGCUCAAUCGCUGGCAGGCUCGCUAUGAUGAGCUGAAAGAACAGCACCAGUCCAUGGAUAUCUCUCUGACCAAGCUGGAUAACCACUGUGAGCUGCUGUCCCGUCUAAAAGGAAAUCUGGAAGAAGAAAACCAUCAUCUCCUGAGUCAGAUUCAGAUGCUGAGCCAGCAGAAUCAGAUGUUACUGGAGCAGAAUAUGGAGAACAAGGAACAGUAUCAUGAAGAACAGAAACAGUACAUGUAA